AUGUCUUAGAAGACUAUAGAUUCUGUGCUUAAGGAAGAACCACAGCAAUUUUAAUUGGAAUAGGGGAAAAAAGACUUAACAGAAGCUGCAAAGCAGUUUGUAGAGAGACAAAACGCUAUUUUUUAGUAUAAAAGAAAUUAAAGUUUAAAUUAGGAAGUCAAACUAUCUCAUAUUUCAUCUCCUAUUUCAAUAGAAAAUUAAGAUAAAACAAAUAGAAGUAACAAAUAACUAUUAGGUUUUAGCUAACUUGUUGAGAAAUAAGAUUUUAUUAAUGGAUAAUAAAACUGUGUCAGCAAAAGUAGUUAAAGCGAUGGCUUUUAUAAAAAUAGCAAAAACCUUAAAGAAGAUUAAUUAAUAAUAUAAUAUUAAUAAAUUUCAGGUUAAGGAAAGUUCAAUAAUAAUAAUCGAUGGAAUUUAGCUUAACAAAAAAAAAUUAAUACUCUAAGAUAAGGUAGCUAUGAUUCCUAAGAAAGUAAAGAAUCAUCACCUAGUAAUAACAUACAUAUGAACAGAGUCAUUAAGGAUAAGGGUAAUAAUCUUAGUUAAAGUAAUAGUUAAAAGUCUAUACUACAUUCAUCGAAUUAUAAAGGUAGCUAAAUGAAUUAAUAAAAUUAAACUGCUAAUAGCGUAUUAAGAUUAUAAUUUAAAAGAUAAAAUUAACAAAAUUAAGCUUAAAACAGAAUCCUAAAAACACCUGAUAGACUUUUAAGGAAUGACUAAUAAUCAUACUCAAAUCAUUAAUAGUCUACUUUAUUAUUGAAAAAUAAUUAACCUGUGUGCUCUUAAAGCUACUCUAUUAACUCUAGUAAUUAGCAAGUAAAUAAUUAUUAACUAAUCAAGAAUAGUAUUCUAAAGAGAUAGCUAAAAAAAGUUAGUAAUGAGAUGGUAAUUUAAACAUUUUCUAAUCCAUCUACUCCAAGCUCCUAUUAACAUUCGAAUCAGAAGUGUACACCUCUUGAAGAUAAUUAAUUUAGAGAACUAAUAAAAAUUAAAAUUGAUUAAAAGCUUAGAAAUAAUGCAAACUGUAAGAAUGAAGCUGAAGAAAAUGUAAAGAUUUCUGAAGUUUUCAAACACAAUGCUGACAAUAAUAAAUAUUCUAAAACUCAAAAUACAAAUUUUACAAACUUAUAUAAUAUACAAAACUAGUAGCAAAAUAAUAAAAAUUUAGAAAUCUAGUUAAAUUAAUAAAAAUCUUUAGAAAAUCUAAGAGGACAUUAAUAGAAUAAAGAUUUUUUAUAGAAAAACAAUUCCUUUCAGAUAAAAAAGUAAAAUGGAAAUAGCUCAACAGAGUUUCUUUAUUAAAAAACUUACUCUUCAUUUGUAAACAAACAAAAUUAUUAGCCUAAAAAGAUAGAUUUUUAUAAAAACUAAUAAGAUGGAAAAGGAAAAAAUUAAAUAGGAGUAGGUGCCUUAGAUAUAAAUUUUCCAUUAAAAGCUUCUAUUGAUAAAAGCACUUCGAAAGAGAGUAAAAAAUAAAAUAUAAUGAUAACUCCUUAAUAAAUUUAAUAAAUAAUGGAAUCUGAAAGGAGACAACAGCAUAUUCAAAGAUAAAAUAUUAUUUAUGAUUUAGUGAAGUAGGUUGAAGAAAACCCUUUGGAUCGCCUACAACUACUAAAAGCACAAGAGAGUUAAAAAAAUAAAAGGAGAAGUACAAACAAGCAGUCUAUUCCUUUCAUAUAUGACAUAAUAAAAUCUAAAAAUUAACAAGCCGUUGCAGUUAUUUAGGAUAUUUUAAGGACAAAUAAUAUGAUACAAUUAUCAGAAGAAAUAGAAUCAGCUAUUCAAUAGAAUGCUUUAGAAUAAUAUGAUAAAGAAAAACCUAAGCAUCAAUUUUAAAAGCACAGUACAUUAUAAUAAUUUUAUCAGCAAAUAUAAAAUGAAAAUCAAUUAAACACAAUAAAAUAAAUGAAAUUUCAAGAUUUUAUUAGCGAACAUGCUAAUAACAAUACAAGCUACUAUAAUGAUACUCUAUCUUCUAAGAAUAAAAAUGUAUCAUAAAUUCAGGCAAUUAGUGAGAAUAAAUUUGUCAAUUAAAUUUCAAAAGACUAAAUUUUGUAAAAGAAGAAAGUUAAAAUUCUCAGACAACAGCUAAAAGAGGCGUUAAAGUACUUAUUUAAGCUUAAGAUAUCUCCAUCUGAAAUAAGUAGCAAUUAAGUAUUCAGCACGAAACCUUACUAAAAGAAGGGUAGCUAUGAGCUCAUUUGCUAUUCUAAGAAAGGAGACACAGACUUAGUUAGGGAUUUAACUAUGGAAAAUAAAUAUCUAGUUUAUGACUUUGAUUAUGUAUAUAUGACGGCAUUGCAUUGGGCAUGCAAAAGAGGACAUUGUUAAGUAGCUCGUAUGCUUAUCCAAUAAGGUGCAGAUGUUGAUGCCAAAGACCUUAUAGGCAGAACUCCUCUUUAUUUUGCUAUCUCUAUCCAAGAUGCUCCCAUAGUUGAGCUUCUUCUAUCGAAUCAAGCAAACCCUUGGUCAACUAAAGAAUAUAAUCUUAAUGAAAUGGUAAAAGAAAAUUCUAAGCUAACAGCACUACUUUCUAGAUACAGGAAAUUAGAUAUUGUGGCCAGGAUGAAAAAGAAGACUAAAUAGGAAGAAACCCAAAAAAACUAAUCUUAAAGCGCAGAGGGUGCGGUAUGA